AAGACAAGAAAAACGGCUUCCUUCCCAUCACACCCAUUAACCAGAGAGGCACCAACACAUCACAUACCCAACAACACCACAACUCACCACUCUCUCUCUCUCUCUCUCUCUCUCUUCACAAAACCCAUUUUCUGGGUCUCUUUCAAUUCUAUUUAAAUUCUUUCGUUUCUUGAUUCUUUUUAUUUUUUGGGGAUUCUUGCCAUCUCUGUUUUUGGAGUAUAUUGUGAAGUUUGUGAUUUGUCUGAACAAGAAUUAUACCACACAACCCAUCAAGCGGUGGAGGAUCUUCCCUUUUUUUUUUUUGCGAUCGAUUUCCGGUUCCAGAACUUUCGGCGAUUUCAGGCUUGAUCUGGGUUUUCAACGGCUUUGAUCGCUGUAGACAGAUUUAGAGAGAGAAAAGAAAGUGUUUUUGUGUGAUUGUAGUGAGAGAGAAAGAGAUAUGUUGGGUUUAUCGAGGUUUUUUGAGAAAGUAUACUCGAUGGCUGAAGGGGGAUCUCAUUACUGCUCUAAAAAGAAGGACGAUAUUUGCGGUGAUGGUUGCGAUAAGGACUCAAGCAGAAUAUUGAGCAUGUCGAGACUGAGAUGUAUACUGCGAGGACUGGAUUUGAAAACUCUCAUCUUUCUAUUUGUUAUGGUCCCAACAUGCAUCUUUGUCAUAUAUAUGCAUGGACAGAAGAUCUCGUAUUUCUUGCGGCCAUUGUGGGAAUCGCCACCCAAGCCUUUCAUUGAAAUGCCACACUAUUAUCACGAGAACGUAUCUAUGGAGAACCUCUGUAAACUUCAUGGGUGGGGAAUUCGGGAGUACCCAAGGCGUGUUUACGAUGCAGUAUUGUUUAGUACCGAGCUUGAGAUUCUUACCAUAAGAUGGAAGGAAUUGUACCCUUAUGUAACAGGGUUUGUACUCCUUGAGUCUAACUCAACAUUCACCGGAUUGUCAAAGCCUCUGUUUUUUGAAAACAACCGUGAUCAGUUCAAAUUUGUUGAGCCACGAUUGACAUAUGGGAAAAUUCCAGGAAGAUUUAGGAAAGGGGAAAACCCUUUUGUUGAAGAGGCAUAUCAACGUCUAGCAUUGGAUCAUCUUCUCAAACUAGCCGGUAUUCAAGAUGAUGACUUAUUGAUAAUGUCUGAUGUUGAUGAGAUUCCAAGCCGACAUACUAUUGAUCUCUUGAGGUGGUGCGAUGACGUACCUCCAAUCCUCCAUCUCCGGCUGAAGAACUAUCUAUACUCAUUUGAGUUUUUCAUGGACAAUAGUAGCUGGAGAGCUUCGGUUCACAGGUAUCAGUCUGGUAAGACGAGGUAUGCCCAUUAUCGCCAAUCCGAUAUUGUUUUGGCUGAUUCCGGGUGGCAUUGUAGCUUUUGCUUCCGCCGUAUCAAUGAGUUCAUAUUCAAAAUGAAAGCUUAUAGCCAUGUCGACAGAGUUAGGUUCUCACAUUAUUUGAAUCCUAAAAGAAUUCAGAAAGUGAUCUGCAAAGGGGCUGACUUGUUUGAUAUGCUGCCCGAGGAGUACACAUUCAAGGAAAUCAUCGGGAAAAUGGGACCCAUUCCCCACUCAUAUUCGGCUGUUCAUCUACCGGCAUAUCUUUUGGAAAAUGCUGAUGAUUAUAAGUUUCUCUUGCCUGGGAAUUGCUUGAGAGAAAGUGGCUGAUUUGCUUUAGUGAGUUUUCAAGACCGUCUUUGCAAAGGCUGAAGCUGCAGCUGGAGUGACUCCUCAUGAAAAGUUUUACCGAACAGUUGAUGACUGCAUCGUGUCACUGGUACAGCUCUGCUAUAUAUGUACGUCAAUGCUUAUAUCAUUCUUUCAGAAUUCUUGGAUUUAUGGGGUGAAGUUUGUAUAUAAAUUUGUCCUAGAGUUGGAUUUCAUUCAUUGUGGAACAUACGAAUUUGUUGAUGGGGAGCUUUGUUUGUUUUGUGUCUCUGCAUUAUUUGCAUUGUUGUGGCAUGACUGACCCUUGAGUGUGUCCUCCCUUUGAAGAAGAUAUGUAUGUUCCUGGGCUUACCUUUUGUUAGGAAAUUUUGAUUUCAGACUAAUUCAUUCAUAUAUAUAUAUAUAUAUAUAUUUUGUAAUUUGUAAUUUGUUUGUUAUUUAAAUCAUUGAUUUGUUCUUUGGUGUUGCCCUGCCAAAAA